GUCAUCCCCUUGGAAUGUACAAUCAUCGAACAUGCAUGCACACAAACUAAAAGAAAAGUGAGCUCACGGCGUCUCAUAUUUCCGACGAGCCUCACCACCUGCAAACCAAUGAGAGGGACCUCCGUGCGAGCACCGUUCACACACUUGCCCCUGCACUCAACACUACUGCUGGUCUUCAACAGGGGUUGUUGUUGUUGUUGUUGUUGUUGUUGUUGUUUGUUUGUUUUUACGCACCGAGAUGCACAGCCGACUCAUCCGGCAAGUCCUCGUCUGCGUGUCAUCCCUCCUUCUGUCCGAGCCACACGAUGUGACGGGAGCGGGUCUCUCCUGCGUCAGAGCGAGUCCGGCCCGUGGCGGGCGGACGCGCGUCGCGUUCCUGCGCGAGGACGCGGCCGGCGCACACGGAGGCGCGCGCUCCCUGGACUCCACCGUGUGGUCCGGGGACAUGCGGCCCGUGACACGCACACAAGUGCAGGGCAGCCGCGUCGCCGCGGAGGGACACCUCGCUCUCUGCGGCGCGCAGGGCCCCCAGACCACCGCCCGGAGGCUUGGUAUCAGCCUGCCGGAAACGCUGGGUGCUCCCUGCGCGCCGGCCUCCCCCAGCGCGCCGGCGUCGCCCAGGCGCGCGAGAAGGGACGGGGCCGGGGGCAAAGCUCGGAGGAAACGCGGCUGGCUGUUCCCGGGAACGCUGUGGUGCGGCAAGGGGAGCGAGGCGGUCCGAUACGAAGAUUUAGGAAUGUUCGAGAAUGCGGACAGGUGCUGCCGCGAGCACGACCACUGCUCGCACAUUAUCCCUUCUUUCACCGUGAACUAUGGAGUCUUCAACUCCCACUUCUACACCCUCUCACACUGUGACUGCGACCUAAGGUUUCGGCGGUGUCUUCUUGACGUGAAUGAUACCAUUGCUAGUAUGGUGGGCUACAGCUUUUUCAGCAUCCUGCGGAUCCCCUGCUUUGACCUCAAACAGCAGAAAGGAUGCACCCAGAUGUACUGGUGGGGAAUGUGCAAAGAAGCCAAAGAGGCUCCAUUUGCCAUUUUCAAGAGCCCCCUCCCAUACAACUCAUCCGAUGUUACAAGCAAAUAUGGGGACAGCGCUGUCAACGGCAACUUAAUAAGUAGUAAGGGGCAGCACGUAACCGACAGCCCAGCGAUCGGUCCGCGGCAAAAGUCACCAAAAAGUGAACAUAGAUGUGGUUCCAGAGACCGACCCAGAGGAGACACUUUCUCCAGCAGGACGAAAGGGAAAGGAUGUAAAACACACCGGAAACUGUCAAAGGUCGCACCCUCCCAAAUGUCCCCAAUAUCAAGGUCACCGACCACUACUCCUUCAAUAAAAACUGUUAUUCUAAAUGCUUCUCAAAGUAACGCAUUGAUGCCAAAUAAAGAACGAGUCAGAAAAGGGAAGAGCAACAGAAAGGGCCUCUUGGCUUACCUCGCACAGAGCAGCCAGGUUCCACCACAGGUGUCCACAAACUCUUAUGCAGGCACUCGUCUAUCAUCUACAACACAAAGCACCCUGUUUUUAACACAGACGCAAAAACUCCAACUGCGUUUACCACCAACAGCCACCACUGCAGUGACCACUGCCACCAAAAAUCACAAAAAAGCUCCAAAGCAGAGUCGCUGCUGUGGAUCCCGGAGGCGUGACACUUUUUGGCCGCUUUGUAAAAGUUGUCUGGCACAAGAAACGACAUCUCGCAUGACAACUGGUACAGCCGCAACAGCCGCGGAUAGCCCGCCGGACAGAGUGACGACGCUUCGAACUUCGCCGCUCAGAGAGGCGACGGACACACCCAAACAAGACGCCUCGAAAAUACUCUGGAAUACAGCUACAAAACGGAAGACCACAGCCACUGUUCGUGAGGACGGCGAGCCACUAAAGCCGAUGGACUCCCAUCUACUGGGGGAUAACACAACCCAGAAGGCCAUGGGUGGUGACAUAGUAGCACAAAGUAUCCAUGUGAAAAGAAACUUUAAACAAAGUAAUGCUUUGCCAGAUCAUGAGCUCCUGUGUGGAAGCCUCAAACAUCUGGAUGAUUGUAAUCUCCAAAUCCCUCCUUUGGAGAAGAAGUAUGAUCUGCAGAACAUGGAUUCAAAGACCGCCUACCACUGCGAUUGCACCACGCGCUUGGCUGUUCAGAUCAAAAGCUUCAAGCAGCCCAGUAUACUCCCCACGGUACUGAGGGAUUUCGUCUCCCCGUACUGCUUCAAACUGAAGCAGAAGGAUAAAAAAUGCCACCGCAGAAAAAGCUGUUCUGGAGGCUUCAUUAAAUCCUCUGACCUACUUCGAGCACUUAAGAAGGUGGAGGGAAAAGACACGGCUGGGGUGCAAAAUUCAGUCAGUGGCAGAAAAAGAGGGAUUCCUGUUCGCCUUUUUAAGCGAUGCCUACGGCUGGAAAGAGAAGCCGAUAUUAUGGCACAGCUCACAUGAUUACAGACUAAGCUGCUAUGUGCAGCAGCAGUGACUUGGAUAAGCUUUAAAUUUCAUGCAGCAUUUUCUGUUUCUCUGUGAUGGUGUAAAAUGGCAGUGUGAUGAAAAUAGUCAAGGACUCAAACCCUUGAAUAAGGUAAUUUUAUUUAAUGUAUUUAUAAAAAACUGUAAUACAAAACUGUUAACCCUCUAACUGUGCUUUGAGAGUGUAAAAUCAUCUAUUUUCUAUUUGAAAAUCACGUUUCAGUGGCAUUUUUUUGGAAAUGUAUUCUAUUAUCUGCAAAGCAUAUUGAUUUAGAAGAAAGAGAAAAAUAACAGGACAUACGCCCACACUGCUUCGCAAAAAAACUACCUGCAACGUUAUCAGAAUCAUAAAUGAAUGAAAUUCAACAACAAGGUCUUGGUUUACCUUUCAACUAUAGGAAUGAUUAUUCGAAUGGGCUUACUACACAUUUUACGAGUGUAGUGUGACCUACUGUAUCCCUACUUUUCAUA